AUGGAUCUCGAAUCCCGCAUCCAAACAUUACAAAACGAACUAGACCUAUCCGCAACCACUUCUUCCUCGCAAAAGAAAGUAGACCCAAAGUCCUGGUUACCAAGAGCACCCGCUCGCCAUACCCUAACUGGGCACCGCGACCCUAUCAAUGCAGUCGCAUUUCACCCCGUGUUUUCAGUUGUUGCUUCGGCUGCAGAGGAUGCGACUAUAAAAGUCUGGGACUGGGAGCAUGGCGAAUUGGAACAAACCCUUAAGGGGCACACAAAGGCUGUACUGGAUCUUGAUUACGGUGGCCCGAAAACGGGUGUUUUGCUCGCUUCAUGCUCCCAUGAUUUGACCAUAAAACUUUGGGAUCCAGGAAAUGAAUAUAAUUGCAUAAGGACUAUGAAGGGGCACGACCAUUCUGUGAGCUCCGUUAGGUUUAUCCCGAGCGGGUCUGGAGCCGAUUUCCUGGUUAGUGCUAGCCGGGAUAGGACGCUGAAGAUUUGGGACGUAUCUACAGGCUAUGCCGUGAAGACAAUACAGGGUCAUGUUGACUGGGUGCGAUGUGUGGAGCCCUCCCUCGAUGGGAAAUGGAUGGCCAGCGCCGGAAAUGACCAGACCGCUCGUAUCUGGGAUACGUCGACGAACGAUCAUAAAACGUCGUUGAUUGGCCAUACUCAUGUGAUCGAAUGCAUUGCCUUUGCUCCAGUUGCCGCAUACCCGACUUUAUCGAAUUUAGCGGGCGUCAAAAAACCCCCUUCUUCGACCUCCUUUAAUGAAUAUUUAGCAACAGGCUCCAGAGAUAAAACCAUCAAUCUAUGGGAUUCAAGGGGUACAUUGAUAAAAACCCUCACGGGGCACGAUAAUUGGGUAAAAGGUAUCGUUUUUCAUCCAGGUGGGAGAUAUCUCCUCAGUUGCUCUGAUGAUAAGACGAUAAGAUGUUGGGAUUUAUCACAGAAUGGUAGGUGUGUUAAAAUCAUUGAGCCUGCUCACGGACAUUUUGUAACUUGUAUAAAAUGGGCCCCGAAUCAAACAAGGGGGGGUAUCGACGGAGCUGCCAAUGGUGCACCCAGCGUUGAGUCUCCACGCCAGAAUGGUACACCACCAAAGAUACAAAGUGAACUUUCGGAAAUGUCAGGCAUUCGCUGUGUGGUCGCAACUGGCAGUGUGGAUCUUACUGUAAAGAUCUGGGCGACAUAA